AACGAAACAAAAUACUUUUUUUUACCAAUCGAUAGCUUAUGGAGUUCACUACAAGACAUCUCCCCAAAGUUUUUAAAUUCCAUCCUUUCUUAAUUUUUUGCCAUCGAUCUACAAAUGGCCACUCCAGUGACCAAGGGGGGGUAAAGGGUUAAUGGUAAAAGUAUGCGCAGCUUGGACAGGUACCAAGUAACAUGUAGAAAGAAAUAUCUUUAAUUCAAAGAGAGUAAGCGAAUCUCUUUCAUUCUGACUACGCUACAGGAAACAGAAUUGUAUUUUCAAUAGUGCAUACUAUUUGACUAGACCCCUUUUCUCGAUGAUCUUAGCGUAUGGGUAUCAAAACUGUGCUGGCACUCUUGUUGGAAUCUUUUUGCCCAUGUUUUAAACCUCAAUCUCAAGAAUGCAUCUGCAUUCUCGCUAACAGUUCUCCUCUUUGGUAUUCGAGUAAAUUACAGGCCAUCGUGCUUUUUGAGGAAAACAAACUUGAUCAAAAAAGCUUUUUCACAUUGUUAUGAGCGUAGUUCUAGACCAGAAGAUGAUUUAAAGGAAUUAACAGUUGAUAUCGUCAAUGUGAAAACAAUUAUCACAUGGAGAGUCGUUGAAUUCCCAACAGCGAUCUGUAACUGAAACUGCAAUAAAAAGCCACUGUUACACAUAAUUCUAUAUAACUAGAUUAGAAGAAUCUAAUGACAUAAAUGAAUUUUCUGCCGCUAUUAACAACUGUGAGUGUAAUCAUAAGAAAAGGAAUUUCGACAUGUCACAGUAAUUUUAUUGUUUACCUUUGUUGUUAUUGUAUAUGCUCGUUACUUAUCGUACUUUAUUCUUUUCUUCAUUGUUUAACGCACUUUCAAAUGCAUGAACGUAUCUGCAUCCAAAACAUGUUUAGCUGUGCUUUUAGUUAAGUAAAACAAUGGUUGUGGAUUUGUAUUCGAAUUACAUAAGGAAUCGAAUAUUAACACUCAGAUCACAAUUAGCUGAAACACAUGAUCAACUCAAAGCGGGUCCUUCUGUCGAAGAAUAUCGUACUCUUCUCGAACGGGAAAAUGCCCUUCUUGACCGUUUGAUUGUUGAUUACGAUCUAAAAGCAAGAGAUUUUGUCGGUCUUUGUGGUGAUGUAUCACUGGAAUGGAUCGUCGCCGAUAUUUCUUGUAUAUUUCAAUCGUUCGUCAUUGUCCCUUUACACACGAAAAUGACCGAUGACGACUUCAUCAAAGUGUUGAACAAUUGUCAAGUUAAGUGUGUCAUUUGUACUACAGAAGGAUUAGAGAAGAGGUUUCAUACCCUAUUUCCACAAUGUCCUACAUUGAAACGAGUCGUGCUGUUCGAUAGCAUCGAUGAUAAAGAAGAUGAGUGUGAAUGGCGUGAUAUUGUCGAUACGACAGCCAAAGAGAACGACCUUUUCAGUAUCAUCCAUACGAGUGGUAGCACAGGGGUGCCAAAAGGUGCUAUGAUCACCGAAGGACUUUGGAAAACAUUCAUUAGUGACAGACUGUCGCAAUACGAUCCUCUGGUUAAAAUUGUGUUCAAACCGUUGUGUUCCAUGUCCGAAAGAGAAAAUGUCUAUCACACGUUUUGUAGCGGUGGGCGAUCGGGAAUAUGCACAGAACCUCACAAAAUAUUUGAAGAUGUUCAGCUGUUACAACCAACGAUCUUGAGUUGUACACCCCGAUUUUGGAACGUGCUUUAUUUGGAGUUUCAACGAGAAUAUUUGGCACAGCUAGAGAAACAUAACGAUAGUGAUCGUGACCACAUUAGAUAUAAAGUACUGGCACAAUUCAGAUCUAUGUUUGGAGAGAGAUUGUCUUAUGUAACAACCGGUGGAGCACCUUCCGGUGACAUUGUUAAACGUUUCUUAUUUGACUGUUUGGGCGUGGAACGAGUCUACGAAGGCUACGGAUGUACAGAAGCUGGUCACAUAGCAAAUAAUGGUGGCAUACUGCGAGCGGAUGUAGAGAUCAAACUCGAAGAUGUCCCAGAGCUAGGUUAUUAUCAUACAGACAAACCCUAUCCUCGAGGUGAAUUAUGGGUCAAAACUCGUACUACUAUCCAGGGGUAUUAUAACAACCCGUAUGAUACCAACAAAUCAUUGAGUGACGGCUGGUUUUGUACAGGAGAUAUUGUUGAAUUGAUUGAUGAUAGACGAAUCAAUAUCAUCGAUCGAAAAAAGAAUUUCUUUAAAAUUGCUCAGGGUGAAUAUGUGGCUGCGGAAAGACUGGAAAAUAUCUAUUUAUCGUCUUUGUAUGUCAAACAAAUCUUCAUUACAUGCGCCGAUAUAAUCAAGUACAGUGAUCAAAACGCAGUGAUGGCCGUCGUUGUACCGAAUGAGACAGUGCUGAUUGACUGGGCCAAGAAAAUGGUCGAAUCAUACAUAAAUAUUAAAGAUUUGAGUGAAAACCCACGAGUAAAUGAAAUGAUUCUGUUAGAAUUAAAAAAGGUUGGUGAACAGCAGAAUCUUCGACCCUUCGAAAUACCGUGGGCCGUUUAUUUAGAGCCUGAACCGUUUACAGUUGAGAAUCGAAAGAUAACGCGGACGAAUAAACUAGCACGGACAGUGGUGGAUAGUUUCUAUCGAACUAUCAUCGAUGAUAUAAUGGCUAUUAGUCAUUUGCGUGAUGGUGACUUUGUGAAGUACGGUGGUGAUUCACUGAGCGCUCUCCGACUAACUGCAUUAGCCAGAUCGAAAUACGGCAUGGGAAAUAGUAUUGGACACAUGCGAAGUUCAUCUUCUACUCUUAUGAAACAUGACGCUAUAUUAGACCCAUUGAUCGUUGUUCAUGACUAUAAGGGAGAGUGUGAGAGUAAUAUAUUUCUGACUGGUUGUACUGGAUUUCUUGGUGCUUAUUUGCUCUAUGAAUUGCUAACACAGACCGUUAAACCAAAAAUAUACUGUCUGAUACGAUGGUCAAAAUUAGAUAAAAUCAUUGAAGUAUUAAAACACUAUGAUUUAUGGAAUUCAACAAUAGACAUCAAUCGAAUUAUACCCAUCGUUGGUGAUUUAGCUCAACCACAACUAGGUCUUACGGACGUUACAUGGACACGGUUGUCGUUUGAAAUCAACACAAUAUAUCAUUGCGGAGCCAUGGUUAAUUUUGUCAAAGACUAUGAGGCACAUCGAGCUGCUAAUGUCAAUGGAACGCUGGAAAUUAUUAAACUCGCUUCUACAAGUAGAAUUCGAAUUAAUUACAUAUCAACGAUGAGUAUCUUAUCACUGACAAACAAAACUGCGGAUGAAGGUGAACCUCUUGAUGAUUAUCAUUUAAAUAAUGCAGGUGGCUAUAUGCAGAGCAAAUGGGUUGCUGAAACACUCAUUAAGCAAGCGAAACAAAGGGGUUUGUCAGUAACAAUUUUUAGACCAGGAAUGAUAUCUUGGUGUUCUACGAGUGGAAAAUGCAAUGAACGAGAUUGGCUGUAUCGAUUAUUUACAGGACUCAUUACGCACGGUGUUGCGCCUGAUGUUGACUGCUUGAUGGAUUUAUCACCAGUCGAUUAUACGAGUCAAGUUAUUGUAUGGACUGGACAACGAACAGAAAGUAUCGGAGAAACGUAUCAUUUAUGCAACACAGAGAAAAUGAUUGAAUUUAAAACCAUUUGGAAUGCGAUAUGUGCUGUAAUGGGAAAGAAACCCGAUUACGUCGAGUUUAAUGUUUGGUUAGACGGAAUAUUAACUCAGCUAGAAAAGAAUCAACAACUGAAUGAUUUACUAUUAUUUCAAAAUGGCAUACCAGACGACAGAAACAGAAAAAUUUCGAGCAAAAAUACUAAAAGAGUCCUUCAGGAGAGUGACAUUACUCUUCUAGACUUAAAUCCAACCGUGUUUGCUCACCAUUUAUUGAGCUAA